UUACUAAGAUAGUCUGUAGAGAGAGAGCGGGGGAGAGAGACAGAGUGAGGGAGCUGUAGGAGAGAAAAGCAUAAAGGCAUAGAAAAAGCAGAGUACUUCUGGGGCUCCGCCGCUGGUAAAGUAAGAUCAGUUCUAGUCCAAGAACACAAAAACGAAGUCACUCAUCGAUUUGAACGGAAAAGAGAGCCGAGAUAGAGAGACAGAGAGGAUCUAGGGUUUCUUGAUUUCAAGUUGAAGGAAUGGGGACUCCUCAAUCGGAGCGACUAGCGAUGAUUCAGAGUCCAAGAACGCUUGGCUCUGGUAGGGUUUUGAGAACUCCACUCAGUGAUGAAACCAUGUGGAAGCGGCUUCGAGAUGCAGGGUUUGACGAAGAGUCCAUCAAACGGAGGGACAAAGCUGCUCUCAUCGCUUAUAUUGCCAAAAUCGAAGCUGAGAUCUAUGACCAUCAACAUCACAUGGGCCUUCUGAUUUUGGAAAGAAAAGAUUGGGCUUCCAAGCAUGAGCAACUCAAAGCCGCUGCUGAAUCCGCCGAGUUAAUGUAUAAGCGCGAGCAGGCUGCACACUCUUCUGCUUUAGCUGAAGCAAAGAAACGGGAAGAUAAUUUGAAGAAGGCUCUAGGAAUCGAGAAAGAAUGUGUUGCCAAUAUUGAGAAGGCAUUGCAUGAGAUGCGGGCAGAAUGUGCUGAGGCAAAGGUCGCAGCAGAGAGUAAAUUGACCGAAACGCGAAGUAUGAUGGAGGAUGCUCAGAAAAAAUUCAGCGAGGCUGAAGCGAAGAUGCAUGCAGCUGAAUCUUUGGAAGCAGAAGCAAGCCGCUGCCACUGUGCUGCUGAAAGGAAGCUCCAUGAAGUUGAAGCGCGUGAAGAUGACCUUAGGAGGAAGAUAAUUUCAUUCAAGUCUGAUUGUGAUGCAAAAGAGAAAGAGAUUCUUCUUGAGAGGCAAUCUUUAUCUGAAAGGCAAAAAACUCUGCAGCAAUCACAAGAAAGAUUACUAGAUGGGCAAGCAUUGCUAAAUCAGAGGGAGGAACACAUUUUCAAUAGAUCUCAGGAAUUAGAUCAGGUUGAGAAGGAGUUGGAGGCAUCAAAAGCAAACAUUGAGAAAAAAUUUAGAGCCAUAAAUGAGAUAAAAACAAAUCUGGAGCUGGAGGCCACUUCAUUAUCAGCAAGAGAGGAGGCUGUUAUCAAAAGGGAAUGUGAGCUGAGAAAGAAAGAGGAAGGACUGCUUAUUCAACAGGAGAAACUUGCAAGCAAGGAGUCUAAUGGAAUUCAGCAAGUAAUGGCUGAUCAUGAAGCUUCUUUGAAAAUUAGGGAGUCUGAAUUUGAAGCACAAUUGGAAAUUAAGCGCAAAUUGGUGGAAGAGGAAAUUGAGAACAGGAGGAGGGCUUGGGAGUUGAGGGAAGUGGAUCUUAGUCAGAGAGAGGACUUAAUAUUGGAGAAAGAGUAUGAGUUGGAGAAUCAAUCAAACACAUUGGCAGACAAGGAGAAGGAUUUAAUGGAGAGAUCGGAUUUACUUGAGGGGAAAGAGAGAACUCUUGCUGCUGCAGAAAAUGACGUGGAGGUGAAGAAAACCCUUUUGCUGAAAGAAAAAGAAGAGAUCCUCAACAUGAAGAUUGACGUUCAAAAAUCUUUGGAUGUACUGGAAAACAAAAGGAAAGAAAUUGAUCAUGCAGAAGAGAAAAUAAAGGACAUGAGAAAAGAAACAAACGAAUUAAUGGUUUUAGAAAAGAGACUUAAAGAAGAAAUUGAUAUGAUUAGAGCCCAAAACCUGGAACUGGAAAUUGAGGCAGAUAAGUUGAAGGCAGAGAAGGACAAGUUUGAAACUGAGUGGGAGUUGAUUGAUGAAAAGAGAGAAGAGUUACAAAAGGAAGCGGAGCGUGUUGCUGAGGAAAGGCUAGCAAUUUCUAAGUUUCUGAAAGAUGAGCGUGAUAGCCUGAAAUUGGAGAAGGAUGCAAUGCGGUAUCAAUAUAAACAUGAUGUCGAGUCACUUUCUCGUGACCGGGAAGCCUUGAUGAGCGAAAUGGAGCGUGAGCGUUCCGAGUGGUUCAGCAAGAUUCAGAAAGAACGUUCAGAUGUGUUACUGGAUAUUGGGAUGCAGAAAAGGGAGCUUGAGAACUGCACUGAUAAGAGGCGUGAAGAAAUAGAAAGCCAUCUUAGGGAUAGAGAGAGAGAUUUUGAGGAAGAAAGGAAGAAAGAACUUCAACAUAUUGUGUCCCUUAGGGAAACAGUGGCAAAGGAGAUGGAACAAGUUAACUUGGAAAUGAAAAGACUUGACAGUGAGAGAAUAGAGAUCAAUUUGGAUCGUGAAAAAAGGGACAAAGAGUGGGCAGAGCUAAAUAAUUCUAUAGAAGAACUUAAGGUGCAAAGGCAGAAAUUGGAGAAACAAAGGGAAUUGCUGCGUGCAGACAGAGAAGAGAUUCUUGCUCAGAUUGAGAAGUUGAAUAAAUUGGAGGAUUUGAAAGUUGUCCCUGAUCGUAUUGUUGCACCUGAGAUGAAACAAGGUGAUCCACAGUCUGUUAAACGAAAGGCUUCUGCAAAAAGAUUUUCGAAGCUCCAGGCUGAAUUUAAUUCAGGUCACAAAGAAGGUGAUGAUGUCAUUAGACGUGAGUUGUCUCCUAAGAAAGGUUCACUUAUCUCCUCUCCUCCGCUUGCAGUUCCUUUGUCAUGGCUCAAACGAUGUGCUGAUACACUGCUGGAGCAAACACAAAGUACUAAGAAAAGAAGGCAACAAAAAGAUGUUGUAGUGACACAAUCAGAAGAGAUCAUGACCCCCUGUACGUUAUCAACACAAUCAAAUGCACCUGAGGAUGAACCGGCAGCGAUGUCAUUGGAUCAAACUCCAGGCAGUGCCCAGGAGACAACUGUAUAUGUUGAUAAGAUCAUCACAGUCCGGGAAGUAACCUCAGUUCAUGGUGGAAGAGUGACAGGGGACAAUCAGCUUCAGGAAGAAGAUGUGUCCCAGGAGAGUGAUGAGAAGCUUGGAAAUAAUGGCACUUUCAAACCUGAUGAAAACGGGAAGAUUGAGCAGAAAGUUUAAAAGACAAGGUCUAACCAGGAAUUGUAAAAAAAAUCUGCUUGCUUUAUAAACACAAGUGUGGUUUGCUUGAAGAUCGGCUAACAUGAAGAAUAGCUGAAGCGAGCAACAUAGACUUGCAUUGGUUCUUUUGUUAUGGCUGGUGACUCGUCUGACUGCAGCUCAAAUAUGUAAAUGAUAUGGCUAGCUUUGAUUUUUUUAGUGAUAAGUAAAUGUUUGGUGUUAUAUAGGCUUUAUCUGGUUGGAGUGCUGUUUAGGAGUGUUUUUUUUUUCUUUUCAUUGACACAUGAUGUGAGGUUUAGUACUAUUUGUGAGAUGGAGAACCUAAUCUCUAGUCCUGGUUUGUGGGUUGUAUGUUCUAUAUUUAUGCAAAGUGGUAAUUUUUACUGGCGAAUUACGUCACCAUACCAUUGAAAUGUUGGGUUGUGCUUAAGCAAACGUUUGAGGAAAUGGAAAUUUGUCUCAUAGUCCAUUGCCGGGGCUUUGUUUCUCCGAAACUGGAAUGUAUAACUUUAUAAGGUGAUAGCAAUGUAUUUGGACCAUGAGGAUGG